CGAGUCGGUCAGGGGGCGAGUCGGUCAGGGGGCGAGUCGGUCAAGGGGCGAGUCGGUAAGAGGCGAGUCGGCCAGGGGCGAGUUGACCUGACACCAAACCAUGCAUGUGACGUCGGUGAGUGUGAAGGGGUUGCAGGUUUUCAAGACUCCAGCUGCAUGUCUAAUUCGUCAUGACCCACCAGGCACAGCAUGAUACUAUGAUUUCAGGUGCAGUCGGGGCUGACAUCAUCCCACCGACCGUCAACCCUCUCCUACAGCGAGAGAGAGACAGGGCCACGCUGACCAAGGACCUGGUCACUCAGAUGACCUAUAUGAUUGAUGAUGGGAAGGACAAGACGGCACGCAGACGCCAUAUUGAAUCCAGUCUGUUUUCAGACCCUCUCUUCAGUGAGCGAGACCGCUACAUCCGGACCUCAGCGGAGACCUUCGACAUUGGUGUCAAGCGUUCCAUCCGACUGAUUGACUUCAAGAAGGUUCACAACAUCACGUUCUCAGAGACAUGGGAUUAUGUCUACAGAGCGUUGACCAACGACUUGACUUUUGGGGUUCAUGACCUGAUGUUUGUGACCUUCAUUGACCAACAAGGCACCGAAGAGCAGAAGGCGCGAUGGUUGGGCAAAGCUAGGAACAUGCAGAUCAUGGGAACGUAUGCGCAGACAGAGUUAGGCCAUGGCACCUAUAUCCCGGGAUUGGAGACCACCGCGACAUACAUUCCAUCCACUGAGGACUUUGUCCUCAACUCUCCCACGCUGACAUCAAUGAAGUGGUGGCCGGGAGCAAUGGGCAAAACAUCCACCCAUGUCAUCCUGAUUGCGCAGCUGAUAAUUGGAGGCAAGAAUUACGGCCCGCAUGCCUUCAUGGUGCAGCUGAGAAGUCUGAAGGAUCACAGUGUGCUCCCAGGCAGAUCUGUUGGAGCCAUCGGAGACAAGUGGAACUUUGGUGGAGUUGACAAUGGCUACUUGUCUCUGGAGAAUGUACGCAUCCCCAGGAAGGAUAUGUUCAUGAAAUACUCCCAGGUGGCACCAGACGGUACUUACAGCAAGAAGGGUAACCCCAAGGUCAUGUACACUACCAUGAUGGUGGUCAGACUCAAGAUAGCCCAGGAGUGUUGGCAGUCCCUGGGCCGUGUCCUAACCACGGCGAUCCGCUACAGCGCUGUCCGCAAGCAGGGCCCCAUAGAUCAAGGGGGCCGCGAGGUAGUGAUUCUGGACUAUCAGACGCAACAAGAGAAGCUCUUCCCAGGUCUGGCCACGGCCUACGCCUUCAAUGCCGUCGGCAAACGGCUCCAGGAAGUCUUCAACAAAGUCCAGGCAGACAUUGAGAAAGAGGACUUCAGCAGUUUGCCUGAGCUUCAUGCCCUGACCUGCGGCCUGAAGGCUUUCACCACCGACACCGCUGUGCGCUUCGUUGACAUGGCCCGCUUUGCUUGCGGUGGGCACGGCUUUCUGCUCAGUUCCGGUCUGCCAUACAGCUAUUCGCGACUGUCGGCUGGCUGCACCUACGAGGGGGAAAAUACCGUCAUGAUGCUUCAAGUGGCAAGGUACUUGCUCAAGAGUGCCUACGCUGCCCAGAAUGGAGGCACUUUAGCGUCGUCAGUAGCCUACCUGGCUGAGGAUACCAGCGGGCAAACAUGGCCAGCACAGACAGAGACAGAUGUGGUAGACAGCGGUCUGCUCUACAAGGCUUACCAGCACCGAGCCUAUCGUCUAGUCAACCAAGUUGGUCAGCGCAUGGCACAGCUGAUGGGCCAGGGGCAGUCGCAGGGUGUGGCAUGGAACAACUCCACAGUAGACUUGGUGCGCGCUGCCAAGGCCCACAUGCAGUUCUACACCAUGGCCACCGUCUUUGAUGUCAUCAAGCCCUUAGCCUUAGACCCAGCCAUCCAGUCCAUACUGCAGACCCUGAGCUGCCUGUAUGCUAUCUACAUGAUGGAUCAGAGCAUUGGAGACUUCCUAGAGGAUGGGUACAUGAACACUGACCAGGCACAGAUGGUACAUGGGCAGUACCUGGCACUUCUAAAUGCUGUCAGGCCUGAAGCUGUGCCUUUGGUGGAUGCCUUUGACUUCUCUGACCUGACUGUACACUCAGUGCUGGGAUGCUAUGAUGGUAACGUGUAUGAGAGACUGUAUGAGCAUGCCCUGAGAGACCCCAAGAAUAAGACAGAGAUUCACGAGACCUACUACAAGUACCUGAGGCCAUUGCUGACUGAGCACCAGUCUAAACUGUAACAGGAAUCGGCGGGCAGACAACCAGCGUAAAAUUGGAAGGUCCACAGUAAACCCUUUAGCCCUUGUACUGCCCCAAACCGCCCUGCCUGUUACUCCUCAUUACCGCCCAAAACCGCCCCAUGAAUUCACGGAGGAGUAAUUACAAUGUUAUACAUUUCAUACAAGUGCUAAGGGUUCAAUAAACUGACUACCAAAGUUUCAUAAAUGAUGCAUAUCACUCCAGUUUAGUUAAAACAACAUCCAAAUUGCACCAAAUUUUACAACAAAGUUUUGUUUUUAUUUAUGAACAAAUUAUAUUUUUGAAUAAGUACCUUAAAUUUGCACUUACUAAUUAUUUAUUAUUUUUUAUUAUAAUUCCAAUGAAUGGCAUAUAAAGAAGUUGGUAAUCAGAAUUUAUUUUGUAAGGACUACCUCAAAUCAUUGGGAAUUCAAAUUGGUUUUGUUUUAAUAUGAUCUUGAGAUGGUAUUGCAUUUGUUGAAUUGACCGAUUCUAAUUAUUUUGGGAGCUUACACAAUGAAGGAUAUGGAAAGUCUGAUCAAGGAAAAUAAUUUAUUUCAAGUUAGGCCAAAAAAAAAAAAUAUUUGGUCUCUGGUCAGACCAAAGUUCCGGAAUUGACGCG